AAAUAUUUUUAAGCCAACAGCUAAAACUGGAAAACCCUAAUCGCCUUCUCUGUCACUUCUUAAAACAGUGUACACAGAGAGAUGGGAAGCGACAGCGAAGCAGAGAGAACUCAACAAAAGGAGGAGAAGAAGAAGAUUCUCGCUCUCGCUCCCAUCGCUAAACCUCUUGCCGGCAAGAAGCUCUGUAAGAGAACCCUCAAGCUUGUGCGUCGAGCUGCUGAACACAAAUGCUUGAAGAGAGGAGUGAAGGAAGUGGUUAAAAGCAUUCGUCGUGGUCAUAAAGGAUUAUGUGUUAUAGCUGGGAACAUAUCUCCAAUUGAUGUUAUAACUCAUGUUCCAAUCUUAUGUGAAGAAUCAGAUAUUCCCUACGUCUAUGUUCCUUCAAAAGAGGAUCUUGCAAAUGCAGGUGCCACCAAGAGGCCAACAUGCUGCAUCUUAGUGCUACCAAAGCCUGUUAAGGGGGAAUUGGUAUCAGAAGAACAAGAAAAAUUGAAGGCUGAUUAUAACCAUGUUGUAGAUGAUGUGAAAGAACUCACAUCCACUCUUUUCUGAACAAGAUCAUGUUGUAUUUCUUUCACUAAAUGCUUAAUUUUGGACUUGAGCAAUGUACUUUUUUUCAGCAAAUAUAAUAUUCAGUUGUGUUUAUUCAUCA